GGCUCUGCAGUCGAAACAAUAAAAUCAUUAUUUUUGAUAAACAUGCGACGGUUGUGAGAAAAACAAAAAUUGUUAUAUUCGCACGUGACCUUAUAUUCCAAUAAUACUUUAAAGAGCAUUAUAAGUCUUUUAUGUUGGUAACAGACCGGAAGUUGUAGUUAGGCUGUAAACCGGGCUACAUCGCGCAGUUUCCGAAGUUUUUUAACUGAUGUUUGUUCCGCCGUCUUGUCUGACUUUUUACCGCUGAAUAUUCUGGACAAUUAUCGGCCUUGGCCCAAUUUUGUGCCACUAAUAUCACUGCUAGCGAACGCAUGCGUCAGCGAGGUCACGAGUUGACACCGGCAGCCAUAUCAUAAAAAAAGAGACACAAGACCGGUCCUGGAGCCGGGAACGGAGGACCAGAACCGUCUGAGCCGCGCUCCGGUCCACAAGCUGUUAGCUGUCAUACUGACUGUCUGAUGGCCUCGCAGUGUUCUUCUAUCUGUUAGCUGAAAACAUGGGCGACGGUAACGGAGUUAACGGAGACCCGAACGCCAAUCAAAAUAGUCCGAGUACCGGCAACUUUCAGCUGGAGACGGCGGUCCAGCAAUGGUUAAGCUGGGACAAGAACCCAUGGACUCGAGCUCAGGUGGAGUCUCUGGUUGCAGCAGGUCAGAUCGACAACCUGAGUUCCAGACUCGGCAGCAGGAUGAGCUUUGGAACAGCUGGUCUGAGAGCACCUAUGGGAGCUGGCUUCAACCGGAUCAAUGAUCUCACUAUCAUCCAGUCCACACAGGGUUUGUGUUCAUACCUGUCCAGGUUUUUUGCUGACCUCCACAGUCGAGGUGUAGUGGUUGGUUUUGACACCAGGGGUCAGCAGGACAGCGGCUGCAGCAGUCAGAGGUUGGCUACGUUGACAGCUGCAGUGUUGCUCAGCAGAGAUGUUCCUGUUCAUCUUUUCUCCAAGUUUGUCCCAACACCAUUUGUGCCGUACGCAGUGAAGAAGCUGGGAGCAGCUGCUGGAGUCAUGAUCACAGCAUCUCACAAUCCUAAAGAAGACAAUGGUUACAAGGUGUACUGGUGUAAUGGUGCUCAGAUCUCCUCCCCUCAUGACAAAGAGAUCCUGCUGAGCAUCGAGGAGCACCUGGAACCCUGGAGCGCCUCCUGCUGGGACGAGGGGCUGGUGGAGAAAUGUUCCUUAAGGACUGACCCCCUGGAUCAGAUCAACAGCUGUUACAUGGAAGAGCUCACUACCCUCUGCUACCACAGGGAUCUGAACAUUCAGUGCCCACUCAAAUUUGUCCACUCGUCCUUCCAUGGUGUCGGACAUGACUUCAUCCAACAGGCCUUCCAAACCUUUGGCUUUACUCCACCCAUUCCUGUGCUGGAACAGAAAGAUCCGGAUCCCAACUUCUCCACCAUCCACGUUCCAAACCCAGAGGAAGGAGAGUCUGUUCUGGAACUGUCCUUCCUACUGGCAGAGAAGGAAAAUGCUCGCAUUGUUCUGGCCACUGACCCUGAUGCAGAUCGUCUGGCUGUAGCAGAAAAGCAUGAUGGGUCUGGUUGGAAGGUGUUCACAGGUAACGAGCUGGCGGCUCUGCUUGGAUGGUGGAUGUUCUUUAACUGGAAGGAGAACCAUCCCAGUCCAGCAGACACUCAGAGAGUCUAUAUGUUGGCCACCACUGUGUCCUCCAAGAUUCUUCAGACCUUGGCUAACAUGGAGGGAUUCCACUUUGAGGAAACACUCCCAGGAUUUAAGUGGAUCGGGAACAGGAUUCACGAACUCUCCAAAACUGGAAACCCAGUCAUCUUUGCUUUCGAAGAGUCCAUUGGUUUCCUGUGUGGAAGCAUGGUCCCUGAGAAGGACGGCGUCAGUGCUGCUGUGGUUGUGGCUGAAAUGGCAGCUUAUCUGCAGGAGAAGAACCUGAGUCUGAAUCAGCAGCUCAACAACAUCUACCAGAUGUAUGGUUACCAUUUAUCAAAAACCUCCUACGUCAUCUGCAGAAACCCUCCAACAAUCAAGAAGAUUUUUCACAGAAUCAGAAACUUUGACGGUGAUGGUUCGUAUCCAAAAACAUGCGCCGGCAUCAAGAUCCUCAAUAUCAGAGACAUUACCACAGGAUACGACAGCAGCCGAGCUGAUCUCAGAUCUGUAAGAGCUGAAAAGUCUGAUGUUGUUUGUGUGGCAUUGUUUGUGACAUUAUAUUUCUGUUUGUGUCCAAUGGAGGUGUUCCCAGUGUCCAAGAGCAGCCAGAUGAUCACCUUCAUGCUACAGAAUGGAAUUGUGGCCACGCUCCGUUCUAGCGGCACAGAACCAAAGAUCAAGUAUUACACUGAGUUCUGCGCUGCACCAGGAAAAAGUGACGUGUCCAGUCUGGAGGAGGAGCUCCGACAGGUGACGGACGCUCUGCUCAUCGACUUCCUGGAGCCAGAAAAGAACAACCUGACUGGCUGCUUGGUCUAAGUCUCGUCUCCUCACCCCAGGUCCCUCCUGUGACACCUCGUUCUAUUUCACUGUCAUUGCAGAAGCUUCUUUACAUUACUGUGAAGUCCACGUGACGGAGAUGACUAAAAGAACAAGAAACUCUUCAGUCUUGGUGUUCUUCACAACCUGUGGUGUUGAUGUUGAUGAUGCUGUUGCUAUGGAGGUUCAUUAGUGAUACAGUCAGAACAGUCACCUGUUGAUGGAGAUAACGUCAUCGAAAUCAGUUCUCCAGGGUUUCUUUAAAUACUUAGAAGAUUAAGAUGGAUGUUUACACCUGGGUAAAACCGUUAUCCCUGAACUUCAAAGUCAUUCUGGUGAUUUAUAAUCCAUUUUAAUUGAUUUUCGAUGAAAAAUCUACAGCCAUUCUGUUUUCAGGGACUGUGAAGCGGUCUGUCAAAGAGCUGAGAUUUAUUUUUGAUAUUUAUAUUGCACAUAAAUGAGCUGCUGUUGGAAAUGGUUGCACACACACACACACUCCAUAAAUUCUGCAAAAUACCUUGAAGCAACCCUGAGUGUGCUUUACACCGCUAUUAUCAUAUAAAGUGAUGUCAUCAGUGACAUCAUUACGCACACGUGAUGCUGCAUACAGUAUGUUGGUAACGAGUCAAAAUAAACCAAAGUUACUGUAAAA